GUAAAUAUUUUAAGAAACACUAAAUUUAUUAUUUUUUUUUCUAUUAUUAUUUUGAUAUCAACAAUGCAGUCUGUUGUGACAUUUGAGAAACCUCUGCCGCAUUUAAGCUUAUCGGACUGGGAUGCACGUCUGUAUGGAUUGCAGGUAACAGCGGAUACUAGAAGGGCUGAUGCAUUUGAUUUACGUCACUCUGCACACCAACUACGUAACGAAACCAGAAUCAAGACUGACUGGGACAGCUACCAUAAUAACAAUCGACUUAGAGCAAGGGUUUAUGAAAUAGAACAAUGGAAAUCAACAUUACAAGAGCUUCUCGAACGUUUAGACAGAGAAAUGGCGGCCUUAAAAGAAGAGAAAGCUUCUACGGAACGCGAGUUGGAACAAUUAAACAUGCCUCUUCUGGUCUGCUCUGAAUGUCUGUCGAAUCGCGAUGGUAGAAGAAGUACUGAGUUGACUUACGAUCUUGCUGAUACCGAGUUGAAAAAAGAAUUAUGCGUGACGGAGAGUAACAAGAAAAUGUUAAUAGACAGAUGCCAAUCUGCGUGGGAAAAGAUUAACAAGUUAGAAGUAGUCAAGUUCAAACUCCAACUAGACUUGAAUGACAAAAACGAAGCCCUCCAGAUUGACAAAGACAUGCUCAAUUUAGACAAGGACUGCGCAAAUAUCACCUACAAAACUGAUUCAUUGAAGAAUCCUAAAAGAAUGAUAACCUACGAUCAAUGGCUUGAUAAAUGUGAGUCUAUCAAGAAAAUGGCAAUGGAUGAGUUGCAAGACACACUUCGUUUGCGAGAGGCUCUCUUCGUGGCGAGAGGACGAGCAAGGAACGCACUACGAGCUCAAACCGACGUCACCAAUUAUAUGCUGCGCAGACGCAUCUACGAUACACAGAGAGCAAGGAACGAGUUAGAAUGGCAGAAGAUGAAGAUGGAAGAAAACAUGGAUAAACUGAGCACCGAGUUGAAAACAUUGGGUGAACAAUUCGCCGAUAAAGUAAACGCGUUGAAAGUAGCCGAGACUCGCUUAGAGACUCGAGGAUAUCGACCUGGCAUCGAGCUAGCCGGGGAUGAAGCUGAUAUAGGUCUGAAGGAAGAAGUCCGUAAUCUCAGAGAGACCAUACGGCAGUUGCAAGAUAAGUUGGACUGCGCUAAAGCUACUUACAACGCAUUAGAAGCGACAUCUAUCAAGAUAGCCAUAGAUUUAAACGACAAAAACCAAUCACUCGAGACAGACACCCGUGCCUUAGAAAUGAGAGCCGCACUAGAACCUAAAAGAGCCCAAGGCACUGAUAAGAAUCUGAUUCUCGCAAGUAUGGCCGAUGAAGUACCAAAUGUUGAGAACUGAAUAGUUUAAAACUUAUUCCUUUUUUGAUCUCAAAAAUUCAAUGCCCAAUUUAAAAAAUUACUUUUUAUAUUUACUACACGAAGAAUUAAAUUUAAUUUAUCCAUUAUAACAACACAUACAAUUAAUAAUAAAUAGUCUUCCAACGCACUACAUCGAGGCAGCAUACCCAAAAUACGAAUACUAGCAGAAGACAACAAGACACAAAAAUAAUAAUAUUUUUUUUAUUUCCAAUCGAUUUAUUUUCUUUUUCGUUAUAUGCUGAACACCUUAACAUAUUCAAGCACAAAAAUUUAAUGCUCAUAUUAAAAACUUAUUCGAUCUUUACAAUACUUAAACCAUUCAAAUUACCAGUGAGAAUUCGUUUUUUUUAAGAGAUUUAGUUUCUUUUUCAUUUCAAUUAAUAAACACUUAACAACAAUAUAUGCAACUUUACAUCAAAUCAUUAUGCAUCUAAAAUGUUGUGUCUCAAAUUUGAUACAUUGUUUUAUAAUAAAUAAAAAUUGUGUUACAACAUACAACUGAUAACUGAUGAGAUUUUAGACAAUAAUCUAACAAUCUACCCAAAAUCUAUUGGAAUUAAGUUAAUAUUCUCAAUUUUAUUCUGUCAUCAAGCAAGGCCUGUCUAAAAAUAUACGUUUACUGUCCUAAAUACAAUAUUUAACUACAUUUAAGGUUACUAAUAUUAAGUUCAAUUCUUGUACCAAAUCCAUGUUAAAUCUUUAGGGACACGUUCAUAUUGUAACUGAGUUCAUGAAGCUGCAGAUUCAAUUUCGACCCGUAGAAGUUCGAGCAUCGUAUAUCUUGUGGUUUUGACCAGAGCAGUUUGAUUGGUUUUCAGUUUUGGAACUCAAUCAAGUGUAACUAUUGAUAGUAUUUUGUAAAGUAGUAGUUUGAAGUUUUAAAUUGUCUGUAAAGUUGGAAAUUUUGCGUUUAAAAUUACA